UACCACAGUGAUAGUGUAGUAACAGAGUUGUAAGACCGCCCCUUUUGUCAUAUAUGGAAGAGCAACACCCUCUGGGCGAGCUGUGAUUGGUCAACGUGUCUUCUCUCCAAUGUUUGUAAAUUGUAGUCUGGGGACACCGCUGUGUUGAUCUCAGCGCGCAAAUGUAUUUUCUAAUGUUGAUAAACCUUCUUUGUGUGGAUUUUAUUUAAAAAUUACCGGUCGUUGGAAGGGAUAGAAAAUCUUGGCGACAUUGUGGGUUUUGAGGAACCGAACAAGGCUGAAAGAGAGGCAUAUAAUGGUCCUUAGUCAGAUGGAUGCCGGUAAAGCGUUGACGGCGGCAGCAGCCAAAGGGAAUACAAGCGAAGUACAGAGGAUCCUGGAGGAAUGCAGAGUGCAUCCCGAUACUCUCAAUGAAUUUGGAAGGACUGCGCUACAGGUGAUGAUGAUGGGGAACUCCAAGAUCGCCAGUUUGCUGUUGGAAAAAGGAGCAGAUCCCAACGUGCAGGACAAGCAUGGGAUAGCGCCAGUGCACGAUGUGGCCCGGACAGGAUUCCUGGACACUCUGCAGGUUCUGGUGGAGUACGGCGCUUCGGUAAACAUCCCGGACCACACCGGCGCCCUGCCUAUCCACAUCGCCAUCCGGGAAGGCCACCGGGAUGUCGUGGAGUUCUUGGCACCGCGGUCCAACCUGAAGCACGCCAACAUCAGUGGUCAGACAGCGAUAGAUGUGGCCCGAGCUUCAUGUGUGCCUGAUAUGAUUGACUUGCUUUUUGCUCACAUUCAUAGUUAGUCCGUUAUCUGGGGGCCUUCUGGGUGACCCUAACCUAACUUUUUGUUUUGCUUCAAACCUGUUGACUUGAAUUCAUCGCUGUGUAAAAGAUCAUUUUUAUUUUGUUAAUAGUCGUUCAGCAUUAAUAUGUGUCACAGGACAUAUUGUCUUGGCAGCUUAUUUUCAGUGGAUGGGUGUCUAUAUACAGUAGACACUGCUUUUGCACAGUGCAAUUUAGGCACCUUAUAUAUCUGUUUUCCCUAAUUGGGAGUGCACAUUUGUAGAUAGUUUCCCCAGUGUUUUGUAAUUAUUACAUUAUUUACAUUGUCUAAAAAUUGUAACAGUUGUAUGUGUUUUUAAACAUUUUUACAAAACUUGACACGGUGCACCCUGAUUGCUUUUCAUAGUUUUGUUUCUCUUAAUUAGAUGUACUUAGACUUUGAAUUUACUCUUAUUUAUUUUCGAAAUAGAACUGAAUAUUCCUGUGACUUUGUAAAUAGCAACAUUUAUUGUGGUUUGUUGAAAUGUUAUUUAUACAAAUACUUUUAACAAAAGUGAGAUUAUUCACUUUAAUAUUUGAAGAAGAAAGCACAAAAUAAAAUGUUGAACUUGAA